AUGGCGCUGGAGCUCACGUGGGGCAAGGACCUGGGCGCCUUCCCGGCCGGCGCCUUCGACCUCGUGCUGGGCUCCGACAUAGUGUACCUGGAGGAGACCUUUGAGGACCUGCUGCGCACGCUGGAGCACCUGUGCGCCGAGCGCACCGUCGUGCUGCUCUCCUGCCGCCUCCGCUACGCGCGCGACCGCCGCUUCCUGCGCAUGCUCCGAGACCGCUUCUCCGUCCAGGAGGUCCACUAUGACGCCGGGACAGACGUGCACAUCUACCAAGCCCAGAAGGCAGGGCGCAAGGACGAACUCUGA